AAGCCCUGGGCUGUUUGUGCGCGCUAAUAUCGCGUGCUGUUUUUUCUUCACCAGUGGAAAUCAGAUGCAUUGUUGCGCGCGCGAGUCGAGCUGAGAUGCAGGCGCUGUUCUCUCCUCAGCGACACACACAGCGAGCCUUCAGCAUGCUCGAGCUUCUGCUGUGAACAUUCAGGCUUUAAUGCUAUGAACCCUCCGUCCUGACAGCACUGGUUCACUCUGCGCCUCGGUGCCGACAUGAAGCGCCAUGGAGCGGCGGUGCUGCUGACGCUGUGCGCGCUGCUCGAGUGCAUAGAAGCAAAGAAGUACUGCUGGUAUUUUGAAGGAGGAUACCCCAUCUAUUUCAUAUGUCGCUCGUACGAGGACUGUUGUGGGACUCGCUGCUGCGUCCGAGCACUUUCCAUCCAGAGACUCUGGUAUUUCUGGCUGCUGCUGAUGAUGGGUGUGCUCUUCUGCUGCGGCGCAGGCUUCUUCAUUCGCCGGAGGAUGUAUCUGUCUGCGCUCAGCGAGGAGCCCGCAUUCAACGUGUCCUUCACCAGACAACCGGUCAGCUCGCCAGUCUCCCAGCAACCGGGCAUGCAAGGCUACGGUGACCCCUGCGGCGCCAUGACGACGACCCUGACCCCUGCCUACCCGGGUCAGCCGGCUCCAGCACACAUGCUGAGCUCGUAUCCUCCACCGCCCUCCUACUGCAGCCACCCGCCGCCCUCCUACGAGCAGGUCUUCAAGAACGCCGAGAAGAAGAGCCACAGCCAAUCCUCACAAUGAGACACCACCGUCUCCAGGAACUCUCCUUUUUAUUUGCUUGUUUUCAGGACGCCUCUUUCUUGCCUGCUCCCAGUCUGUUGUGUUAUCGUUUGACAGACGAAGAGAACAAACGUCCUGAUGGGAUGCGGGAUUUCAAACGGACUUCUCUACCUGACAGAGCUUUGAAGAAACUGUCAUGAAGCACAGAAGAUACUGAGAGUUUCCCCUUUCUUUAAAAAGCGGCUCGACGGGCUGAAGUGGACCUCGACAAGGUGGAAGCAACCCAUUGACUUUCUGGAGAACAGGAUGAGAUGCUGUGGAAAACACGUGACAUCCAUCCAGUCGCUUGUCCAUCAGAAUCCUAACAGACAGCGAUUCUGAUCUCAGAUCAUGCGUUUUAUCGUAUUGCAGCCAGUGAAUAUCACGAUAUAUUGAUGAACAC